AUGGGUAAUAUUUGUGGCCAUUCCAUAGAAAAAACCUCUCGUCCAAAAUCCUCUUCUUAUUUAAAAUACGUUGAAAAUCCAAUCGUCCAUGACUUCAGGAUCCUUAGACCCUUAGGUCAAGGAGGAUUCGGGAAAGUGUUCCUGGUCGAGCAACGCAGCACUAAACAGACCUACGCAUUAAAAUGCAUAGAAAAACUUAUGCUUAAACAAAAACAUUGUCAAAAUAAAGCUGUGAUGGAGCGAAACAUCCUCCGCGAUGUGGAGAGUCCAUUCAUAGUAAACCUUCACUAUUCAUUUCAAACAGCUUCCAAGCUCUGUUUGGUCAUGGACUACAUGGAGGGAGGGACUCUAUUUUCGCUUUUGCAAAAGCAGAGAAAAAUUAGUGAAGACCAAGCCCGAUAUUUUGCUGCACAAAUUGUCCUUGGGCUAGAAGCCCUCCAUGACCAUGAUAUCGUGCAUAGAGACAUCAAGCCUGAAAACAUUCUUUUAGAUGAGCACGGACACGUUAAAUUGACUGAUUUUAAUGUGUCGGAUAAAGCAAGCUCCAAUUCAAGCUCAUACUCAGGGACAAUAGAAUAUAUACCCCCUGAAGUAAUUAAUCACGAUAUACAUAACAAACAAGUUGAUUAUUGGGGGUUAGGAGUUGUUUUGUAUGAAAUGCUUAUGGGGUUGCCGCCUUUUGUAGCCCUGAAUAAGAAACUGCUUGUCGAGAAAAUUCUGACAGAGGAACCAAGGUUUGGUUCAAGUGUGUCUGAAGACGCAAAAGAUCUGAUUUUGCGAUUACUGAAAAAAGACCCAAAGGAGAGACCAAGCCAAAUUUCUGAAAUAAAAUCACACAAAUUUUUCAGCGGUUUGGAUUGGGAUCAUUUGUUGGAAAAAAGCUGGGAGGUCCCAACUAAUUCUAAGGAUUUAGUGAGGACGGCUUAUAUCAGCGAAAUUUCGAACGAUGAAGAUGAAGUUGAUGAUCCGGAAUUCGAUUACGAUGACUUUGACUAUUGCCGAACACAAGAGGUCCUUAAGGGCCUCUAA